AUGUCGGCCUCGACUCUGCGAUCGCAAUUUGGCCUGCGCAGCCUCCGACUGAGCCCCAGGGUGCGGCUCGGCCAGGCACAACCGCGCGUCCCCCAGCAUCGCCAUGCCUCGACCACGACGGGCGGCGCUGGCGCCCAGGGCGGCCGUGCCAAAGUCGUUCUCUACGGGAGCGCUCUCGCGGCCUCGCUAUACGUCGCAUAUCUCUACGUUACCGACACGCGGGCCUUUGUCCACCGAUGGGUCGUGCCGCGGCUGCUGAGAGUCGUCUAUCCCGACGCCGAAGACGCCCACCACUCCGGCACGGCAAUGAUGAAGACGCUCUACAAGCUGAACCUCCACAUCCGCGAACGCGAUGCUUCCCUCAGCGAUCCCGCUCUGUCGACCACCGUCUUCGAUACCCCGCUUAGCAACCCGAUUGGCAUCUCGGCCGGGCUGGACAAGGGCGCUGAGAUUCCCGACCCGCUGUUCGCGCUCGGCGCCGGCCUCGUCGAGGUUGGUGGCAUCACGCCACUCGCGCAGGGCGGCAACCCCAGGCCUCGCGUGUGGCGUGUCCCGGGCAUCGACGGCAUGGUCAACCGCUGCGGCCUCAACUCGGAGGGUGCCGACGCCGUCGCCAUGCGCCUGCGCGACAGGCUCCGACGUUUCGCACGCUCUCUGGAUGUCAGCGAGACGGCAGUUUUGAAUGGCGAGGCGGGCGUUCCGCCGGGAAGCCUGCAGGCGGGCCGGCUGCUUGCGGUGCAGAUGGCCAAGAACAAGGAGACGAACGAGCGAGACGAAAAGGCCGUUGCGGACGACUACGUCUACUGCGUGCGGCGCCUGGCACCCUACGCGGACGUACUCGUCGUCAACGUGAGCAGCCCCAACACGCCAGGCCUGCGGGACCUGCAGGCGACUGGCCCGCUGACGCGGCUGCUGAGCGCCGUGGUGGAGGAGGCUCAGAAGACGGCGCGCAAGACGCCGCCGCGGGUCAUGGUCAAGGUGUCGCCAGACGAGGACACGGAUGCGCAGAUGGAGGGCAUCGUACAGGCGGUGCAGCUCAGCGGCGUCGACGGCGUCAUCGUCGGCAACACGACCAAGAGCCGCUCAGGGCUGGUGCCGACGGGCGUGAAGCUGACGGCGAAGGAGGAGCAGGCGCUGGCGGAGCAGGGCGGCUACUCAGGGCCGGCCAUGUUCGGGCGGACGCUGGACCUGGUCGGUCGGUAUCGCAAGAUGCUGGACGAGAAGUCGCGCAGCACGGGAACGGCGCAAAAGGUCAUCUUUGCAACAGGGGGCAUCACCAACGGAGAGCAGGCGCUGCAGGUGCUGAACGCAGGCGCAAGCGUGGCCAUGGUGUACACGCAGCUUGUCUACGGUGGCGCGGGCACGGUGACGCGGAUUAAGCAGGAGAUGAAGGAGCGCAUGUAG